AUGGUACAUAAGAAGCCUGCCGUAACAGCCAAGGUGCUGCAAGCCUUGCUCAUACGCAUUGGCUCCGCCUCAUCAGGAACCAAAAGCACUCUACUCGCGCGAUUCCAACGCAAGAUUCAACAACCCGGCGUCUUCCAUCGCCCAUCUGAAGGGGGCAAACAACCGCGCAAACCAUGGAAUCGCAAGCUACGAGUCAUGAGUAUCGAUAUGGGUAUCAAGAAUCUCGCCUUCUGCGAUGCUGAAGUCACUUACUCUGCCACCGAGUCCGCCUCAGAACCAAACCUUGGGGCUACCAUGAACGUCCUACGUUGGAAGAAGAUUGAUCUCGUGGGCAGCGCAUAUAACAACAAAGACCACCUCCUACCAGAGAAGGGUCAAGAAGUCAUGGAAAGCACAGAAGACGACGCAGACCCGUACUCCCCCUCGGUCCUCUCCAAAACAGCACAUCGCCUGAUCACAGAAGAAGUCCUGAGCACCAGCCCAGACAUCAUACUCAUCGAGAAGCAGCGCUGGCGCUCCGGCGGCGGCAGCGCAGUCCAGCAAUGGACGGUGCGCGUCAACACGCUCGAAGCAAUGCUAUGGGCGAUUCUCGAGACGCUAAAGGCCGCACCUCCCCACCAGGGCACCAACGCUGCAAAGCCAAAGCACGACUACAACGUCUACGCCAUCGACCCGAAGCGCGUAGGCCAAUACUGGCUAAGCGGGCACGCGCGCGCGCUGCGAGAGAGAAGAAACGAAGCCACUCCAGCGCCCAACGCCAGCACACCGCAAUCUCCACCCUCGCAAGACAAGUCGAGGGACAAGGCGCGCACAACGACGCGCCCAAACAAGAAACAGCCGAGUCGGGCCAGAGCCGAGAAGGCAGCUAAAAUCAACAUCCUCCGCUCCUGGCUGUCCCCCCCACCAUGUCCACAGAGCCAUCCACACCCUCCUUGA